AUGGCGAAACGCUCAAAAGGAUUGACAGCCUCUUCCAAGGCGGUAGACCCCACCCUCGAUGCUCUUUUCGCGUCCAGUGUCGGUCCAGCCCAGGCUCCUGCCAAGUCAAGAUACUCGACAUUGUUAGAUCAAAAGGUUCGGGAACCUCCCAAACCUAAGGUGCAUUUGGAGGAGGAUGCCGAAGAGAACGACGACGAAGUCCUCUCUGAGAUCAGUGAGGAGCUAAGCUUUGAAGAGGAUGGCCCCUCAGACGAGGAGGACGAUGAUUCACAAGCUUCCGAGCAAGAGGACGAGAGCGAAGACGAACAGGAGGAAGAGAAUGGCGCAGACAAGCUCAUGAAGGAUGCGCCCAUCGAGCUCGACGACCUAAUUGAUGCGACGGAAGAGAAGUCAAACAAGGAUAAGAAGCGAAAGCGAAAGAACAACAACGACGAUCUUGAGGGCAAGUACCUGGACAAGAUCGCUGCAGAGGAGGAAGCUGAGCGUGCUGGCAAGCGACAAAAGAACGACGCUUUGAAUAAGAAGACCGAGAAGCCUACCGCAGAGGAAGAGGAUGCCGGCAACGACAGCGAUGUUCCUGUCCACGAGACACUUGUCAAGGACACAAAAUCUUCUGAUUUGGACAAGGCCAAUCGAACAGUCUUCCUUGCCAACGUUUCCACCGAAGCCAUCAACUCCAAGUCCGCUAAGAAGACGCUCAUGGUCCAUCUGGCAUCUGUGUUGGAGAAGGAUGCUACUCCCCCUCAGACCAUUGAGUCCCUGCGUUUCCGCUCAGUUGCCUUUGCAGGCAGCUCUCUCCCUAAGCGCGCAGCUUACAUCACAAAGAGCCUGAUGGAUGCCACGACAAAGUCGGCCAACGCAUACGUCGUGUACUCGACCCCUGCAGCAGCCCGUACAGCUGCCACCAAGCUCAACGGCACCCAAGUGCUUGACCGUCACUUGCGAGUAGACAGCGUCGCUCACCCUAGCCCCACCGACCACCGCCGAUGCGUGUUUGUGGGUAACUUAGGAUUUGUUGACGACGAGACAGUCUUGAACACCAAUGCCGAUGGAGAGACUACAGAGAAGAAGAAGAACAAGACCCCGUCUGAUAUCGAGGAGGGUCUUUGGCGAACUUUCAGCACUCAGGGCAAGGUUGAAAACGUCCGAGUUGUUAGAGAUCCCAAGACUCGAGUAGGUAAGGGCUUUGCCUAUGUCCAGUUUUGUGACGGCAACGAUGUUGAGGCAGCUCUACUCCUUGAUGGCAAGAAGUUUCCUCCUAUGCUUCCCCGUAAGUUGCGAGUCACUAGGGCCAAGGACCCUCGCAAGACAGCUCUCGCUCAGGAGCGCGCCAGGGGCAAGAACAUUGUCGGCAAUGGUGCCACCAAGAGCACAAAAUACAAGCACAAGGCCACGCCUGAGGAACAAUCCAUGGCUGGUCGUACAAGCAAGCUCCUCGGCCGCUCGGCCGCCGUGCAGCAACGCCACAAGAAGCGUCCCUCUACACAAGGUGCCUCCGAGGAAGCUGAGAACCCGCUUGCGGGUAUCAAGGGACCAGAGCAGUUUGUCUUCGAAGGUCGCCGUGCUACAAACAGGGACGCCUUGCCGAAGGAUCUUAAAGGCAAGAAGGCCAAGGGUAAGGGCAAGUCAGCCAGGCCGCAAAACCGAAGCGCUAAGAGAGCUGCGGAUUGGAAGAAGAAGAGCUGA